AUGAUAUCCUCUGAUGAUGAGACGCACCAGAAAGCCAGUGAAGAGAUGAAGGAUGAGAUCAUUAAGAAUGGGAUCUGUGUAGCUUUCCUUGUACAGAUUGAUGAAAAAAAUUACAGAAGUUUUGACUUUGCUUUGCAAAACAUAAAGAAGUCAAAAGUCUAUGUUGUCAUAUUGAUUAGUAAAUUAAUUACCCUCUUGAUGUGUGGUGCUGUUUUUCCAUAUACUAAGGUGGUGUGGCUAAUGCUAUCUUCUUUGGCAUCAGCUACAGGUGUAGGGAGUCAUAAGUUUAAUGGAGCCCUUGCUGUACUCUUUCAUAAAGGAAACAUUCCAGGUCUAAAAGACUUUCUUUACAAGGCUGAUCCUUCAAGGUUUCCUAAAGACCCAUUUACUGCUGCAGUUUGGUUAGACGUGUUUGAUUGUCACUCUGAACAAGCCUUUCCUAAGCCAUCAUCCAGAUCCUACCGUAUAUGUAAUGCCAAUCAUACAUUAAAGCAAUAUGAGAUGAAUGGAUAUGAUACAAGUAACUUUAGACUAACAUACAGUACUUACAUUGCUGUAUAUGCUGUGGCCCAUGCACUCCAUGCCAUGUAUACUGAUAAAACCAGUGGUGGAACCAUCUUGCAUUUUCAUAAAACAAUAAAUCCACUGAAGCCAACACAGUUAAAGAACUACCUGCAAAAACUCCAUUUUAAGACAUAUGAUGGAGAUGACAUUUUCUUUAAUGAGAAAGGAGAGGUUCUGGGGCAUUUUGAUAUAAUAAACUGGAACAUUUUCCAAAAUGAAACAGUGACUACAAGACAUGUUGGGACCUUCAAUUCAUCUCAGUCUCCAGGACUCACCAUUGACAAAGAGGCCAUUCUUUGGCCAACUUAUUUUAAUGGGAUCCCAGUCUCAAGGUGCAGUGCCAGCUGUCUCCCCGGUUACAGGAAAAUAUUUGUGGAAGGAAAGCAAGUUUGCUGUUAUCAAUGUGUUCGAUGCUCAGAAAGCGAAAUAUCCCCAUUGCCAGACAUGGGAAAUUGUAUAAAAUGUCCUGAAGACCAAUGGUCCAAUGAGAGGAGAGAUAAAUGCAUCAUGAGAACCAUUGACUUCCUUUCUUACAAGGAGCCUCUUGGUGUGGCUCUAACCACCACUGCUCUAGUUCUGUCUAUUUGCUCAGCUGCAGUUUUUUUCCUCUUUUUAAAACACAAGAAGAGCCCCAUUGUGAAAGCCAAUAACCAGGAGCUCAGUUACAUUCUUCUUCUUUCCCUCAUGCUAUCCUUUCUUUGUUCCUUACUAUUUAUUGGAAGGCCUACAAAGGCCACCUGUUUCUUGAGACAAGUUGUGUUUGGUAUCAUCUUUGCUAUUUGUAUUUCUUCCAUCUUGGGGAAAACCAUUACUGUUAUUAUUGCCUUCAAUGCCACUAGACCUGGAAGCCGGCUCAGGAACUAUGUUGGUACCCGGGUCCCUAAAUACAUUCUUCUACUAUGUACACUUCCUGAGGUUUUCAUCUGUGCACUUUGGCUCAUAAUCUCUCCCCCAUUCCCUGACUAUGACACUCACUCUGCAACAGGAAAGAUCAUUUUGCAGUGCAAUGAGGGAUCACCUAGUGCAUUCUACAUAAUGGUUGGUUACAUUGCCUUGUUGGCUUUUGUGAGUUUCUUUGUUGCUUAUCUUGCCCGUAAAUUACCAGACAUAUUUAAUGAAGCACAAUACAUAACCUUCAGCAUGUUGCUGUUCUGCAGUGUAUGGAUCUCCUUCAUCCUGGCCUAUGUGAGCACCACAGGCAAAUAUUUAGCAGCGGUGGAGAUAUUUGCCAUCCUUGUUUCCAGUGCAGGACUUCUUGGCCUUAUAUUUAUCCCUAAGUGCUACUUUAUCUUGAUUAAACAACCCGUUAUUACUAGACAUAAUUAACUACAGUCAAAACAUAUAAUCAGGUAAUAGAAACUUCCUUCAAGACAUUAUAAAAAAUAUCUUUAG